UCUGUCUGAUCCAAAAGAUAGAGAGAGAUAUUUGGAUUGAUUAUAUAGUGCUUAGAAAAGAGAAGAGAAGAUGGUGGGGGCGACAGCAGGAGCGGAGAGGGUGGAGGAGAUGGUGAUUGUGGGGGGAGGUAUUGCAGGAAUUGCGACGGCUUUGGCGUUAAAGCGAGUCGGAAAGGGUUGUCUUAUUCUCGAGCGGUGGCACGAACUGCGAGAAAGCGGUGCUGCGGUUGGCAUCCAGCCUAACGCUUGGCGUGCUCUUAACGCGCUGGGCAUCGCCAACAAGCUCAUUCCCAAUUACGGCAUUUUGCAGGGUGGGAAUGUGAGAAAUCUCGAGACUGGAACUGUACAAAGGGUGGUUUUCGCAGGGUCAUCGGACAGGGAGGGGUAUGAAGCAAGAGUAGUUCACAGGAAAGCAUUGUUGGAGGCAUUAGCCGAGGAAAUUCCUCCGGAAUCCAUUCGUUUUUGUUCUAAACUAGCUUCAAUCAGGACUGAAGUUGGCCCAGAUUCUUCAAAUAUCACUGUUCUGCAACUAGAAGACGGAGACAUUAUAAAGGCAAAGGCGGUAAUAGGUUGCGACGGCUUGCACUCGGUGGUGGCGCAGUGGCUGGGCCUAGCUCCUCCACGGCAUUCCGGCCGGUCGGCAGUCCGCGGCCUCGCUGUGUUUCCUGAAGGCCAUGGCUUAAAUCACGAGGUUCAGACAUUUUUAACCGCGGACAAAAGAGGCGGCUUCACUCCCCUUAACGACCACGAUGUCUACUGGUUCAUAGUCCACCUUACCACGCCCAAAGUAAAAGAGAUGGGGAGACAUCCGGAGCUCAUACAGCGCGAAGUCCUACUCAACUUAGCCGUUGAUUUGCCUCCCAAGCUCACAGAAAUGGUUAAUCACACUGUUCCCUCAAGCCUGACGUGGGACCCACUUAUGUUCCGUGCGCCAUGGCAAGUCCUCUUCGGCCGGGCCCACCGCGGCUGCGUGACGGUCGCCGGCGAUGCCUUUCACCCGACGACGCCGGACCUGGGCCAGGGAGCCUGUGUGGCGCUCGAGGACGCCGUGGUGCUUGCACGAUGCCUCGCACGCGCGGAGUCUCCCAAGGAGGUGGAGGAGAGCAUGGAGCGUUAUGUGGCGGAGAGGCGGUGGCGCGUGGCCGGAAUAAUAACCGCUUCUUAUUUUUCCGGUUCGGUUCAACAGGCUUCGGCCGGGGUCUGGACUCGGGUGGUUAGGUUGGUUCGGGAUUUUCUUUUUUAUAGGUUUAUUUUCACGUGGAUCUCGGGGCUUGCACGAUUUGACUGUGGGAGCUUACCUAGGGUUGAGGAGAAGUGAUUGAAAAAUAAAUGUAU